AACGUGGCAACACCGGCAGAAGAUACUAAGUCCUUCCAUUGAUUGCAAUUGAAUGUAUGGUAGCACAUGUAUUUACCUGUAAUAUUGGCUAAAUCUAACCUAUACUUCGAAUAUAGUGAAAGUAAUAAAGUGAUACGAUAUGUUCGGCAGAUUAAUUUCUAAUGCCUGUCAAGUCCUUCCACGUCUCUCCUCGUCGGGCAAUCGAAUUUCAUCGUCGAUUGAUUGUUCACCGGCAAUAGUAAAUCAAUGGAGUUUUACAUUAAAUAGAACAAAAGUGAGAAAUAAUUUUCCUCGUCCUAGCGAACUUAUCCGCGUCAAGCGCCAUGGUUGGUUCGCAAGAAUGGCAACACUCAGUGGUAGAAAAAUUCUCAUGAGAAGAAUAUUAAAGGGAAGACAUGUACUCAGUCAUUAAACAUUGUACGUUGAUUAGUUAAUAAAUAAUUAUUUGUAUUUCAAAA